AUGGUUACUUCCUUAUUGAGUAUUAAUUUUAUUGAGAGCUUUAUUAUUCCCCACAAGUGGGUUAUGGUGUGCACUUUCGUUUUGUCGGCCAAUAUUGUUUUAUUUAAUGAUAUAGCGCAGAUCAAGUAUCAUUACAUAAACGACUGGCUUCUUAGUCCCUCCUACGCCGUCUUUGUGCUCCGCGUGAUUUACAUGUUUUUGCCGAUUUCCUCUAUCAGGGGAGCUGCCCUACUGGCCACCUCAGUCAGCAUUGUAAACGUGGUCCACUUCGAGCACUUCAUUGCGCUUGACCAAACCAAAAGCGCGCGCAAUGUUCGUGGCUACGAAGUGAUAUCCGUCGACAUGCUCCGGGAGGAGGUGUGGCUUCGGCACGCCCUGCGCCUGGAAAUGAUGCUUUUGGACAGCAUCCUGUCGCCGCAGAUUGCGAAGCCCAUCAAGGAUAGCAUGAAGAACAAGAUCAUGCUCGAGUUCGAGCGCUUCAUCUCCGGUGGUUCGCGAAGGCCGGAAAACUUCAUGGCCAUCCAGGUACUUCCCGACGUCAGUAUCCUCUCUGCCGACGUGGUUAACUACACCCAGCUGACCACGGUCGAGAAGUUGGUGAAAGUGCUGCUCCACCUCUACGCCAGAUUCGAUGUGGCUACCUCUCACUUCAAAGGGCAGCGCCUCAAGUUCCUGGGCGCCUGCUACUAUUGUGUGACGGAUGGUUACCCCGACCACGCCAAGGUGCCGGUGUCCCUGGGCAUUUCCAUGAUCGCCAACAUCCAGGAAGUGCGGUAUGUGAGGCAUUAAGAUUGGGAUUGGGCUCCGGGCUAGAGCUGAUCCCAGGGCCACACGAAGCUUGGAACUCGACAUGUGUGCAGGCGUCAUCGGAGAGGCCAACCUGCAGUUCGGCACUUGGGGUAGGACAAUCAUCUAAGGCGUUCUGAAACAAUGGGUCCGCCUAAGUAACUUGAAGGCAGACGACUGUACAUCCAAUGAGCACUUACCUUCUUACCGGCGAAUUAUGCCGUGAAACAGACAUUGGGACCAAUUGGGAACACCCAGAUCGGAAGUAAGGCCCCAAAGUCAGAUGAGCUGCGCGAGGAGUUUGACAAGAUGCCAGUUGGGAACUAUGAGUAAGUGAUGGACAAUUUGUUUUACUUUAAUUUUGACACUGCUGUUAAUUUGGUAGAUUUCCCUAUUCAUGCUUAAUGUUUUACACAAGUUACUUCAACAUUUGCCUAGCCCA